GUAACACACACUCCCUUCAGACGGUGGCGGUAAUGAGCCUCCAAACGGUUCGACAACGGUUAAUAAACAUCGGAAGAAGAAAAACUGAAAACUUCCGGUUUUUAUCGACACGCGUUCAAAAGCGUUUCCACGCUGUGAACCAACAGUAACCGGUCACAAUGUUGGCAAAGCCCGAGGAACGACAGUCACAGAAAGAGGGGGGAGGAAACAAGAGGAGACAUCAUGGAGAUCGUCAGGAAGGAGGAGAGAAGAGGACUAAAGGAGAAAAAGACGCAGGGGAAGGUGAAGACAAAGUCAUGGUGCACCUGGAUGCUCCGAGCGUGGGCUACUUCCGCAGGGUUGGAGAGAGACUCGCUGAAGGCUUUGAAGACAAUGAGGAGAGAGAAAUGUUUGUGGAGAAUGUACUCUCUGAAGUUAAAGGCAAAGCCAGCCUGGUGGCCAUGGACCGAACAGGAAGCAUCACCCUGCAGCGCCUGCUGCCACUGUCCAGUCCCCAGCAGGUGGGGGAGGUGCUUUUAGAACUGGGUGGAGAAUCAGGCUCAGACUUUAAGGCGGUUUGUUGUGACCGGUGUGGAGGCCAUGUAGUGGAAAGUGCAGUCCGACAGGCAUCGAGGUGGAUGGAGUCUUCACAGAAGGACUCAUCGGAUGCAAAAGAAGAGGAGGAAGAGGAGAGCUGUGGAGUGCUGGAGGCCCAGGUGUUGUCUUUGAGUCAGGUCAUCAGAGACGACUGUGCAGAGUUCAUCAAACAUGUUCACGGCUCACAUGUGGUCCGCACAGUUCUAAAUGUCCUGGCCGGCUGUGUUGGACCUCCACGCAUCGAGUCACGUCCAGGAUGUAAAGACCGCUAUGUUGCUCCUAAGCUGACUGACUUUGAGCUUCCCACAUCGUUUUGGUACGAGCUCAAAAGCCUCACGGAGACAUUGAUGGAGAACAUUAAUCUGAGUGUGACUGAUACUGUUGCCAGUGCAGUGUUCCAGUCCAUGUUGACUGUGUGUCACAGAAAACGACCUAAACUCUGCAACCAGCUUCUCAGACGCAUCACUGAGUAUCUAACAAGUCACAGCGCUGCUCCUGGAGUUAGUCCUCUCCUGGUUUUCCUGAAGGACCCAGUUUCCAGUCACCUCAUUGAAACAAUCAUACAACUGUCCAGGAAGUCACUCCUACGCAACCUCUACAAGAACCAUCUCAGGGGUCAGCUGGUCGACUUAGCCCUUCAUCCAAUAGCCAACUUCCCUAUACAGAGGCUGACUGCGGCCUCUGCCAAGUACAAGAUGUUCCUGGGGCUGUUUGAUGAGCUGGUGCAAGGUUUGGAGGCCAUCUUGGCUGCUGGCCACAUGGGUGUGAUCGUGCAACUGGCCGAGAGCUGUGGUGAAAGUGAAGAGAAGCAGGAUGAGUUGAUGCAGUGCCUUCUGCAUGCGUUCCACUGUGCUGAGCCUGGCUCUCGACACGUCACCUGCCUCCCUCUCUUCAUGUCCCUACUCACCUAUGAGGUGUACUACCACACUGACACAGCAGAGGGCAACACACAGCCAGAGGUUCCUCUGUCCUCCAUCUGCUACCAUGGCUCCAGGCUGGUCCAGGCACUGGCCAAGUUCAAGAACCGCUCUCUGCUCCUCAGCAGCCUGCGCACCCUGACCCCCGCUGACCUCCUGACACUGGCCACUGACCCCUCCGGCAGCCACGUCCUCCAGGCCCUCGUUACCAGCUGCAGUGACAAGGGCAGGGGCAAAGUCCUUAAGAGACUAGAGGGCUUGUAUGUCCGGAUGGCGUGCUCUAGGCUGGGUAGUAGAGUGUUAGAGGCCAUAUGGAGCAGCGCGUCCAUCAGUCAGAGGCAAAGCAUUGCACAGGAAUUAGCUCCAAGUGAAAGUCAGCUGAGGUCUGAUCAGUUUGCUCGACACGUCUGGGCCAAAUUUGCCCUCUCUCACUUCAUACACAGAAGAGCAAACUGGCAGGAGAUACAGAGCGGCGAGUCCAAGAAGCGCAAGCUGUUCAGUGACUUUCUUGAAUGAAAAGUACAUGUUUGUAAAAUCAUUAUUUGCCUUGUAAUGAGAUAUAAAAAAUAACAUUGAAAA